AUGGGGGAUGGUGCCAUGCUUGGCUUGCUCAGAGGAUGCGUCUGCGAUGCGGACGAUGUUCAUCCACAGCAGUUUCACAAGCCGCUUGUGCAGCUCGGGGAGCACGAGGAUGCACUGGAGAUCCGGGUUCCCAGACCCAAGCACCUCAUUCCCCGCAUGCAGACGUACUCCUCCUCUCCAGACCAGCCGCUGCUUGGCGUUCCGAUUCGAGAGGGUACGCUGUGGCACCUGUCAGCACAGGACCCUGCUUGCUUCAGUGUGUCCUUCCUCAUGAUCUCUCAGCAUUGUCAUGCAAAGCUUUUCGUAGCUGGGCAGCUGCAAUGGUCACAUUGCUGA